GCGCGACAUGAACGACGUCCAAGCGUCGCUCCGUGAAGGCAUCGAAGAGGCCAUUGACGUUCUCGCGUUUCGGGACAUAGUGUAUUUUGACCCGUUUGCCAAGCGCUGGGAAGGCUGCCUCGAACCGGACGACGUGGUUCUGACGGCGUUCGGCGAGGUGCUCUGCGAUGCACUGAUGCCCCGCGACGGUACGAUAGUGUGCAAGCAUCCGAGCGGCAAAGCGUACAUCAAGGGCGACUGGAUCACAAGGGACCGCGAGGGUCGCUACUGCGUUGUCGACAAAGCAGCAACUGUGCCACCGCGUGGCCGGGCGGCCGAGUACUACCAAGUCGACGACGACGACGAUGACGCGCGUCGCCAGCCCCAACCAACAGCCAUCGACUUGCGCGGGUGCUACGUGCAGGCCGGUGACAUGCGCCGUCUCACGUUGUCAUUGGCGACCAACUACUUUGUGCAAUCGCUCCACUUGGGCGGCAACGGUCUGCGUGACGAGAGCCUGCUGCUGCUCAGCGCAGCACUCGCGACCAAUGGGUCACUGCAGACGCUGGUGUUGAGCUACAACGCCAUCACGGCGGUCGGCGCGAUCGCGCUCGCCGAGGCCUUGGCGACCAACGCGGCGUUGACGCACCUCGACGUUGCACACAACCAGAUUGGUAGCGAGGGUUGUCUCGCGUGGCUCAAUCUCAAAACCAACUCAACUCUGCGCACGCUGCACAUGAGCCACAACCCGGCGAUCGCCGACGGUGGUGGUGUCGACCUUCUGCGCCCGCUGGCCGCCGAGCCGCUUUCGCUCGCGGACGAGACGCGCCAGAAGCUCCUCCUCAAAAGCAAGAGCCGGACGUACACGGCGACGCUGCUCGACGCACCGGCCAACACGAGUCUUGUGACGCUCACACUCUCUGAGAUUGGGCUAUCGGAGGCCUCGGCGUGCCGGCUCCAGCAUGUUUUGAGUACAACGUCGGUGCUCACGUCGCUCGAUGUGUCGAUGAAUAGCUUGUCGCUCGAGAGCAGCAAGGCGCUCGCACGUGGACUGGCGGCGAAUGCGUCGCUGACGUACCUCCAUGCUGGCGCCAACGUCCUCGACGACGAAAUCGGGGACCUCAUGGCCACGGCACUGGGUGCGCACCCGCGCCUCCGCACCGCGCUCUUUCCAGCGAGCUUUCACGGCCCCCACGCCGGCAGCUACCUUGCCAAGACGCUUCUGACGACACUGAGCUUAUCGCACAUGGACAUUAGCGGCGGGCUACUCGAGCCACCGGGCAUCGUCGCGCUCUGCAAAGCCAUUGGCACCAAUGCAACCUUGCGCGUCCUCGAGCUGACCAGCAUCGGGCUCAAGUCGGACACGAUCGUCCAAGUCCUCUCGACGGCGCUCGAGGCCAAUACGACGCUUCUAGAGCUCCACUUGGGCUACAACAGCAUUACGCUCCGCGGGUGCAAGCUGCUGCGGGACGCCAUUUCAGCGACGCAGUGCCAGCUCACGCCCGAGACGCUCGUUCUCGAAGGCAACAGCGGCACCAAGGCCCGCGGCAGCAGCGUGCUCAUCUCCGGUGGAUCGCUCUCGCCUACCAUGCGCCCGGAGCACCCUAACUCAAUGAUCGACAAGCCACUGAUCAUGUUCCAGCGGCCAAGUUGAGAUGACAGGGAAUAGGGUUGUCAACUAUUAAUACCUUUUACCUCCAAGAUACUACAAUUUGAAUGGUAA